GCUAUUCAACUUUUGUUGACGAUAGACUUUUUCGCGCCGGUCGCAACCAAGACUUUUUUGCUUUGUCUUUUGUUUACUCACACAUACACACACACUGCAGUAACAUUUUCAUACAAAACAAAUCGUUUUUUGGUUUCUUUUUAUAUUAUUGAAACAAUUUCUUUUUCUGAAGAAAAGUGUUUUUCCAACUCACCGGAUGGAUGACGAGGACCCACCUCCUCGUUUUUUGCCGAGGAGGAAAUAUGAGGCUGGAAGUAACCCGGACAGCAAGAAGUUUAAAAAUCUUCAAACACCAACAACAAUAAAAAACAAAAUGGUUUUUGUUUCGGAAACGAGUUCACCAACACCAACAACAUCUACAGCUGCACAAGUUACUGAAGACACCAGUCAUCAAAACAAUGAUACAAAUGAAAUUAUUUCUAAAAAUACUAAUAACCCCACUACCAAUUAUCCCAAUACCAUUAUUUCCAACACAAAUAGAUCCAAUCCCAAUAAUCCAAACAAUAGCGCCAACACCGAUAAAUCCAUCAUUUCACAAUCCAUUCAUCCCAACAACUCACACUCCAACCAUCCCACUCCCAUAGCGGCCACAACUAACACCAAUCAAGAAGAUUUUCACAACUACAAAACAUAUCAAAAUACACAGAUUCUCUACAACAAACUGCAUCCUGGUCCUUUUUAUGUAUUAGUUAAGACUGAUGAACCCAUCAGCUCAAAGAGGAAAAAUUCUGAGCUUCAUUUAUAUGCAAAGCUAACUAAUGCAAACAUAAAUUAUCAUUUUGUUUCAAAAAACAUAGCAUACAAGACUUUCCGUUUAACUUUCAACAACAGCGAUUCAGCGAAUAGUUUUGUUUUGGAUUCGAAAGUAAAGCAAAUUGGCCUUAAUGCAUUUAUACCGGAUACAUUUGUGCAAAAAUUUUAUGUUGUAAAAUCGGUACCUACUUUUUUCAGCGGCAAAAUGAUCAUAGAUCAAAUCAAUAACAGCGAUAAUGAUUUUAAAGCGGUGUCUGUAUACCGAUUCAAUUAUAAGAACGAAAAUGGACAAUACGUCCCAUCACAAACAAUUAAAAUAGGAAUUGUAGCGAACUUCAUGAUGUAUUUUAUGUAACGACGAUAAACAUAAUGCCAUGGAAUCAAAAAAAUGUCCCAAGUACACCGAGGAAAAAAAUAUUAGGGAGGCUAUGGCUAUCUCAAAUUUGUCCAGAAAUGAAAUUAUUCGCAAAAGCAAGCCCAAUUAUUAUGCAAUUUUUGAUGACCCACAAUAUGAGAACGAUUUUCCUUUGAUUUCUACAAUGACUAAGCCUGUACGCAAAUCACUGGAUGAGGAGCUAAAUCGGAAAUUAACAAAAACUAAAUAUAGUAAAGUGGUAUCUUCGGUUCCGAAACGGAUCCACGUAACAGGAGACGAAGAAAAUAUAACUCCCAGCAAACCAUCAUAUGAUUUUAGAAAUUUUUCUAAAGUUACGGAAUAUGAAAAAAUGAUAUCAUCUUUUACAAAUCAAAUGGCAAUUAUUUUAUCAGAGGCCAAUUGCAGUGAAGGAUUAGACAUGUUAAACUGUUUUGCAAGUGCACUAAAGAUAGCUUCAGAAGGAAACUCUGAAGUUCCCCCAAAUAAAAACAAUGAAAAUUUUGCAGUACAACAUUCAAAGUCUUAGUAAAAACAAAAACUAUCUCGAAUUAUACAUAAAUAAUUUAUCAGUGGACAUCUGUAUACUAAGUGAAAUUUUUAAUGUCAACGAAAAAAAUAACAACUCUUUCCUAAGGAAUUACAAUUUGAUUUGCAAAAAACGAAGCGAUAAUUAUGGUGGUGUAGCCUUUUUACAUAAGAACAAUAUUUUUAUGAAAAAAAUCUCUUUCAAUACGGAUUUGGACAUUUUGGUCUGUGAAACCACUAAUCUAUGCCCCAAUUUCACCUUCGUAUCAGUAUAUUUUCCUCAUUCUGUUAAAUCCAAUCAUUUAAAGAGAGAAUUAUCUAAACUUUUUACACUGCUUGAAGGAAAACCAAACGUGUUCAUAGCUGGAGAUUUUAAUGCAAGAUGCAGAGAUUACGGAGAUAUCUUUGACACUGUUCGUGGUUCGACUGUGAAAACUUUGUUUGAUGGUUCAAUAUUCCGAUGCAUUAAUGAUGGUUCUGCAACUUUCAAGAAAAAUUUGUAUGACAAUUCUCCUGGUUCUGUCCUGGAUCUCACUUUUACUAACUCGGCAUACCAUUUUACAUGGAAGGUGCAAAACAUUACUAUCGGUGGUAGUCAUCAUAAGCCAAUACUACUAGAUAUUAGUAAUAUUAAACAUAAAGAAAAAACCUUUCUUGCAAAAAAACACCUUUUGAAUAAUAUAUGCAAUCUUCAUAUAGGAACGGAUAUGCAUACAAUACAAUCAGAGUUAAGUCAUCAAGUAAAGAAUUCUACUUUUGCUAUUGGACCGAAAACAAAAUUCAAUUCAUGGUGGAACGAGGAUCUAAAAAGAUUACUUCGUCUCAAAGAUGCCGCUGAGAAAAAGUUCGAAAGCUAUAAAAAUACUGAAAAUGCCUUAAAUGCUAUAGAAGCUAAAAAUAAUUUCAGAAAUGCCGUUAAAAAAGCCAAAGCCCUUGCACAAGUUUCCAAAAUCAAUGAGUUAAACACCAUCUCAAACUCAAAGUCUCUUUUCCGCUACAUCAAGGGAUGUAAGUCCUUUUUUGAAAAUCAAACUCAUUCAAAGUGGUGUUCCGACAACAAUAUCGUCUUUCUACAACAUUUGAAGGACCAAGUUCCAAAUAACAAUCAAAAUAUUUUCAAUGACGAAUACUUAAAAAAAUCCGAUGUUUUUUCAUUUGCAGAGCUACAAAAAGUUCUUGAUAUGAAGAAGAAGCCAUCUGCAGCUGGCCUGGAUGGCAUAACAUAUGAAAUGGUAAAUAAUCUUUCCAUACAAUCCAAACACCAUCUUUUAGUCGCAUAUAAUAAAUUAUGGAGAAACUGCAAUUAUCUUGAUGAAUGGAGAGAAAUCAAAAUUGUGCCCAUUCCCAAAAAAGACAAAGAUCUGGAUAUUCCAACUAAUUUCAGGCCAAUUGCCUUGAUUUCUGUUUUUGCAAAAAUAAUAAAUCUAAUGGUAAAGCAACGCCUAAAUCUCUAUAUGGAUGAUAACAAAUUGCUUCCACAUAGAUCAUAUGCCUAUAGGAAACACGUAUCUACAUCAACAUGCAUCAACGACAUUCUUCACACAAUAAACUUUCACAAGGAAAGAAAUGAGAAAGUUGUUAUACUAUCAAUGGAUGUAUCUAAGGCCUAUGAAUGUGUAGACAUCAGCUGUCUACGAAUGAUCUUGCAACAAUUGGAUAUUCCCGAGCAAAUCAGAACUUGGAUCCUAAACUUUCUAUGCAAAAGAACACUCAGAAUGGGAAACUCCCUGCUAAAUAUUUACAAUGGCAUUCCUCAAGGAAGUUGUUUAAGCCCAACUCUGUUUAAUUUAUACACACUAGGCCUGCAUGGUAUUUCAGAUGGGAACACUAAUCUUUUUCAAUACGCUGAUGACUUCAUUCUAUUAGUUCACGACUUCGACUUUGAUCUGGCAAAUAGAAUUUUACAAAAAAAAGCAAGUAAUUUCGUCAACUUACUUAUGAAAUUAAACCUUAGCGUCAAUAUAGAAAAAACAGCUGUUAUGUAUGUUGCCAAAGGAGGCCGUAAGAAACCUCAUGUCAUGAUCAAUGGAAACCAGGUUAAAGUUGUAACAUCCAUAAAAUUUUUGGGUAGACACAUUAAAAACAGUCUGUCCUUGAAAGAACAUUACGAUGAGGUGAUACUAUCUUGCAAAAACACUUUAAACGCUCUAAAGAUGGUAACUGGCCCAAAGAAAGGAUUACAUCCAGCAAAAGCAGUAAAUUUAAGUAAAUCUCUGAUUUUUUCCAAGACAGAAUAUGCAAUAUCAUCAAUGGCUCACAGACCAGCAUACAUAAAUAAAAAAUUAACUUCUUUUCAAAAUCAACUUUUAAGAAGAAACUUGGGACUGGUGCCAUCAACGCCAAAUCAUGUUGUAUGUGCUCUCGCUGGUAUUCUUCCAACGGAUUUAAGAGCCCAACAGCUUGCGGCUAAAGAGUUGUUAAGAUUAAAAAUUUAUAAUCUUUCUCUAUAUGAUUACUUCACAACGAACUCAUCUCAGAAAACGAGCAUUGGAUACGUCUACAACAAUUUCAAAAACAUAUUUGAUAAAACAAGAAUUGGUUACAACGUAAAAUCGUCAAAAAUUGAGACAAAACUAAACAUUUUUAAUUUCUCAAAAAAUGAUGUUGCUUCUGAGUGCAUACAAUCUCAUUUUCGCAAAAUGUUUAACGAGCUAAAAUCUCAAGGGGUUUCCAUUUGGGCAACAGAUGCCUCGGUAACAAAUAAUAACACAGGAUGCGCUGUCUGUAACAUAUCCUCAAGUCAGAACUUCUUAUUUAAAAUCGAAGAAAAGUUAUCUUCUCUAGCUGGAGAACUACGAGCUAUAGAAAAAGCUAUAGAUAUAAUAAUUGAAGACGGAAUCAGCAUGGCUGCGAUCUUCACAGACAGUAAAAAUGCGUGUCUUCUUUUACAAGAUAACUCCUCCAACAAUUACACCACAUACAACAUAAUACAAAAAAUUAAUAACUCAUCUAUAUGCAAAGUGACUUUUAUUUGGGUUCCAUCACAUGUUGGAAUUUCCUUAAAUGAAACUGCCGAUUUCUAUGCAAAACAAGCUACGGAAGCUGGAUGUGUUAUACCAUAUGAACUCUCGGUCACAGAUGCAAUCCAAAAGAUUGAAGCAAAUCUCUGGAACGAUUUUGUUGAACGUUUCAAAGAAACUUCUCUGCACAAAGGAUCUUAUUUCUUCCGCUUCUUCCCAAAUCCUCCCAAACAACCAUGGUAUAAAAACUCUAGCAUGAAACCUGAAAACAUAAAAAUCAUUAAUAGACUUUUUACUGGACAUACAUAUACCAAAAAAUAUUUUCACCGUGUUGGUAUUUCCAACUCCAGUUUAUGCGAGACCUGCAAUGUGAUCGAGGAUGAAAAUCACAUUAUCUUCCACUGCAAGAAAUUUAAUAGAGAAAGAAAUGAACACAACCUUUUUAAAACACACAAUAACUUACCGGAUGUCCUCAUGGCCAAAGAUUUUCAACUCAUAGAUGAUCUCCUGAAUUUCAUUAGCAAAUGUAAAAUUGUUUUAUGAAAUCAAUUAAUCUUUUUAUCCUGUCAAAAUCAAAA